AGUAAUUUAUUGAAUGACUAAUGUUACUGGCAACAUCGCUGGUUGUCGUCGUGCGUGGAUCACUCGGUUUGAUUCGUUUCGUUUUCCUUUUACAGCAUUAUUAUUUUCUAAUACACAUGUCUAGGGUAUUUAUAUAGGAAGUUUUGUCGAUUUUUUGUCAAUACUGCGUUUAAGAUUGUUUCUCAAAUUAUGAAGUGCUCUGUGCUCUGAUAACGUGAUAGUGCAAUUUUGGAGGUAAAAUGCCCGCUUCCAUUUGCGACCCAGUAACAAGCGCAUUGCGUUUAUCUCUUACGCCUGACGAACCUCAAAGCUCUUCUUUAUUAGACAGUAGACUUUAUUCGUCAGCGAAAAGUGUUCUUCUCUCUAAGAUUGAGUUUGAAGAAUCUGGUGAUUAUCAAAGCAAUGUUCUUGAUGGGCUUAAAUCUAAGUACGUGGUGAUCCGACCUAAAAAAUCAUUACAUGAUAAUAAAUUACACAAAAAAGAGUGCAGUGUUGCUGGCCAAUCAUCAGAGAGUAUUAAAAAUGCGGAAGAAGGCUUACCUAAACCAAAAAGAGUUUUAUUUCCUGUUGAAAAAGUUCACUUGGGGUGGCCAAAUGGUGAGCCAUGGACAGCAGGUACCGGCAUGCAAAAUGUGGGGAACACAUGCUACUUGAACUCCACUUUGCAGGCUUUGUACCAUGUGCCUGCCCUUGCCAACUGGCUGGUCAUGGAAGAAGCACAUUAUCAGAAAUGCAACCAACAAGAAGCCUGUGUGAUAUGUGGUAUGCGGUUAACAUUACUGGCCACACAAAAAGGCGGUGGAGGACCCAUAAAACCCUGGCAGGUGUAUUCUAAGCUACGCCUCAUAUGUAGACACUUGACUCCUGGCAGACAAGAAGAUGCACAUGAGUUUUUAAGAUAUUUAGUGGAGGCAAUGGAAAAAUGCUACUUAAACCGAUUUAUAAAUGCUGACAAAUUUGAUCAGUACAGUAAAGAGACAACUCCUUUGAAUCAGAUUCUUGGUGGGUAUUUGCGCUCUACAGUGAGAUGUCUAGCAUGUCACCACCUGUCAACAACUUAUCAGCAUUUCCAGGACUUACUUUUAGACAUAAGAAAACACUCUACACUAGAUGAAGCUUUAGACUCAUUCUUCUCACGUGAAAGAUUGGAAGAUUUGGGUUACAAAUGUGAGGCAUGCAAUAAGAAGGUAUCGGCUACAAAACAGUUUUUUGUGGAACGAGCGCCUAUGGUUCUUUGCAUAGCUCUGAAACGGUUUUCAUUAGCUGGAGGGAAACUCUCAAAACAUGUACAAUUUAGGAAAAAGAUCACUCUUAACAAAUACAUGUACAACAAAAAUCAUCAACAGUUGUCUUAUAAAUUAGUCAGUUUAGUCACACAUCUGGGACCAUCACAGAAUUGUGGUCAUUACACUGCAAUAGGUCAGGCACCAAAUGGCAAUUACUACCAAUUUGAUGACAGCUGUGUGCGACCACUGCCACUGUCAGCUGUGCUGGGCACCAAUGCAUAUAUUAUGUUCUUUGAAAAAGAUAAUACUAUGGAAGAAACUUCUACUUCCGCCGCAUCUACCUCAAGUGUUGUUUAUGGACCACAGCUCCCAGAUAACAUACUAAAUAGAGACAAGAGUCCCUUAAAACAAACUUUCUACAGAAGUGAAGAAAGAAAGCCGGUUCUCCUAAACAGCACUGCAGUAGAAAUUGCGAAGCCUGAUGUGAAACCUAUUAUUUUAAACAGCACAUUAGGCAAGGCAACUGAGUCAAGCAGUUUUAAUUCUGAACCUUGGGUGGUAAAACAAAAUGGUGAAGUGGAGAAAUUAGUUCAACCUCCAAAAAUUUUAAAUGGCGUCGAUAAAGUAGGCAUUAAACUAGAAGAAGAUAAAAAACCAACUUUGGUAAUUAAGCGCCAAAACGGCGAUGAAAUCCAAUCAAAACCUAAACUGCCAAAGAGCGACUCAGAUCUCAGAUUAGUCAUUAGUAAUUCAAAAGGGAUCGAAAAAACUGCUUCCACAAGCAAACUUGUGAAAACACCUAAGUCUCCAUUAGAGAAGUUGGAAGAGCAAAUGAACAGAAGUGAUUCAUCUGGACUAUCACCGCGGAAUGGCUGCAUGGGUUCACGGUUAGUUCCAUACGAUUCUGAAUCAAGUGGCGAUGAAAGAAAUGAAAGAUUGAGCGAAGACGGGGUUAAAAGCCGGCCUAAACCUAGCCGCUGUGAAUCGCCGCGAGCACUCGUCGUCACCACCAAGAGCAUGCACCACGCCUGGACCGUGUCCAGCGAGAAGAGCGGCCCCCUGCUCAGCCCGAGUCUCAAUGGAGUGACCAACAAAAAGGUAAAAGAGAAGGAGGAGCGUCGGGCGGAGAACGAACAGAGUCCGAACACGAGCGUCAGUAGCAUGUCGCCACUGAGCGACCGCAGCGGGGCGGGCGCGGGGUCCACCCUGCGCCACUUGCAGACGGCCUCGCACCGCGGCUAUGGAGCUCCUGUCUCUUCCUGGAAUGGCAGCCACAGUGCUCUCUCGCGACAGGUGUUCGAUGAGCGGCGAGAAGAGCGCAAACGGGCCUCAGAAGCUACAGAUGAGAUGGAUCGAGGGCGUAAUAAGAAAGUGAAAAAGUUUCAUAAUUACAACCGUUUUAAUAAUAGUAGGAAUGGAUACAAUCCCUUUCAGGAAAAGCAAAACAAACCGCAUUGGAAUGGAAAUUACAAAUAUCGAAGUGAACGACGCUCUUCCCAUCACUUUAAUAAACACCACAACAACAAGUACAAAAGAUUUAACAGGUACAGUAAUGGUCACCACUAUCCAAGACAUCAUUGACCCGCGGUUGUCUGGUGUUCACUCGUUUGUGUAAAUAGAUAACAUAUGGACUUAAAACUCAUAGUUAAAAUAAGCAUUCAUAGAUACGAAAAAUAGAUAAAAUUACGUCAUUUUUGAAGUUAUUGUUCUGCUACCGGCCAUACAGUCCAAACCGAGCAAUUACAUGUUAGUAUUAUUAUUUUUGUAGCGAAAUAUAAAAUAAUGAAGAGUAACAUUAAUUACUGCCAGCCUUUACCCGUGAAUGCGCAUAGUGCCCUCGUGAGACGUUUAUUAUCUAUAGUAAUUGUAGCCAAAUUUUGGAUGUUGUGAUUUAAGAAUUACUAACAUAGCGUGGCAUAUUUUCUACCGAAUCGGAGGGAAUAUUUGUGCAAAUAGUUUAUAUUAAAAAAAUAUUAGGUUCCAUUGAAUUAAGGAUAAUGUUAUUAUAAAUUGGCGCAAAAGUAAUAUAGUAAGGACUAAGCUUAUUUAUAUCUACAAGCCUUAUAAAGUAUAGAUUUUUCCAUGCGAUAAGUAAUCUACGUACACAUUGACCUAAGAGCAAAAGUUUGCGCAAAUCCUUAAGUCUACAAAGCAGUGUUUUUGUUAUACUAAGGAAAAGCGAUGGACGGGGACUGUUACUAUUGAAGCAUUUUAUUUAUUGAACAUUGUUGUCUACAUUCAUGCCCCACAUGGUUUUGAGUAGUUCAACGCCGAUGGUAACAGGGAGCCCGCUAGCUAUUAUAUACGCUAUUUUAUACCUAUGUAUCUAUAAUUUAAUAUACAUUGUAAAUUUUGAAUUUUAUGGAAUAUAUUUAGACAAAUAGAGACGGGGGCAGCUGAUAUAAAAUGAGUUUGUUAAACACUGCUCAUGUUGUUAUUACUUUUUUUUGUUGACCCCGCAGCAGUAUCUGUAAUAUGACUGAAAGUAAUUAUGUUUUUGUUUUAGUUACUGUUACCUUUUAAAUAUGUAAUUAUUUUUCCCUAGUGAAGAAAUAGGUACUCAUUAUUAUUCACAUACUUCCUUACGAUGUCCUUUGAUUAAGUACCUUUAUCUCUUCUUCGUUAUAUUCUGUAGUAUAUAGUUGUAGUCAUUACAAAGAUAUUGUAUUUUGCUUAUAAUUGUGUACAAAAUAUAAGAUUUUUGAUGAUGAUUAUAUUAGGCUGAACCCGUCUUAUUCGAGGAUGUUGCUUAGUUCAGAAGAUAAAUGUAAUUAUUUAGUUUUAUUUACAAAAUAAUGCUUAAUUGUUUUAUUGGAUAGACUAAAGUUACUUGAGCCUUUCUUGUACUGUUCACUGUCAUUAUCGUACAUUUGACUAUGUGUUACCUGAAAAUUGUAUUGGUGAUAGUGUUAAGUCUGUGUGAUUGUAGUACAAGAGUGGAAUUUUAUUUGACGAUUUAAACUAUUCUGUGUAUUUAGAGAAUAUGACCUCCAAGUAAGCUUCCGUUAUAAAAAAGUAAAGCAAUAAAAUGUAAACACCGUCACAUGUUUGUUAAAUAGUAAAGUUGUUAAACUGAAUGAGACCAUCUCGUUAGCAUAUUUUUAGUAUACUUUAAUUUUCAAUAGUGACCAUUAAAUACGCUUGUUGCGUUCAAAAUAAACAGUAAUUAAAUAAAUUAUGUAUAUUACCAUGAAGGGAGAAUAAAGUUUCUUCAAAUGAAGUCGCGGUUGUGAUACAAAGGGGGCCCUUUUGUAAAGUGUUACGAGAUUGUUCCAUUUUAAAGAAGAGAUCUUGCCAUUUGUCUGUAUAGCUAAAUCUCUUCUUAUUAUUGGAACAAUAGUGGUUCAUAAACAUUAUAAAAUGGCUGCUUUACUAAAUUGAAAGUUAAGAACUGUUACAAAAUGCCCUAUAAAACAUUUUGAUGAAGACUUAUGAGUUCUCUAAAAAGCAAGUGAAAUAACUUUCGGCGCAAUAUAAAAGUGAGAAACAAAAAUAUCACAGUA